AUGGAAAAAGCUGAGGAGUACAAAAACGUAUUGCAAGAUCUGGCAGAAUCCUGUUACUGGCACAAACUUUCCGCCAGCUGUCAGCAAGCUGAGUCACUUUAUGUUUUAAAGAACAGUUCCGGCUUAGACGAUUAUUUGGACUUACUGGCAGAGAAGGAUGAGAUUUUGCUUGAUCAUAGUGGAGACCAUGGACCAUGGUGUGGUGAUGAACGUUUAUAUAGUACAAUGCCUGCCUGCAUCGAUGAAAUCCCCGUAAGUUCCACACCAGGGGCAAUUCCAAAUUUGACCCUGGUGGAAGACACUGCGAAGGUUCAAACCCAGUUUGCUGAGGAUAGUCGAAAACCAGAAAGUCUUACUUUUUCUGCUCGUGAUUUAGAAAGUUUUCUGCAAGACGACAGUCAAGAAGAGAUGACCUCGUCUAGUAUUGAGGCGUCAUUGAAAGAUUCUUCUCCCAUGUCUGAAGCACAAGAAAUCGAAGUCGAUAUGAUCAACGAAGAAAUCCGAAAAGAAAGUCAUAUCGAGGAAAAUCUUCCAGCUGUUCCUGUGGACGGCAGUGGGAGCUGUGUCCCAAAAGGCGUAUCAAAUCCUUCCGUCGUGAUGGAGGACAGCCAAGUUUACUCUGAAAACUUUCAAGCUUUAGAAGAGAACUACAAUCUUUUGAACUGGUCCAUGUCUUGUUCUGAAGCCGAAACUUUGUAUCAUGAGCACGAAGCAUCAUCAGUGCUGUCAUCAUUUCAGACGUCAGUCGGAACGAAUGGUUUUGAUCAUACUACCGACAUUCUUCUCAAUUCUGACAGAGAGGAAACAGCCGUGUUAUUAGCUUUAAAAGCAGAUUACUCUCUGAUAAAGGUGACUUUGCUUAACGUUCCUGUUCAACUUGAUGGUAUCGUACACAACAACUACGCGGGUCAUUUGGAGUGUGUCAAAGAUUUACUAUCAGAACAGAUAGGAGCUGACCAGAAGGCAGAUGUAACUGCGUUGACAUUUGAAACUGAAGACGCUUUUGAAAAUAUGUCCGAGGCACCAGGACCGGAUACUGUUGAAGUAUCAGUAGGUGUCUCAGAGAGUGCCCACGGGUGUACGUCUUCACGGCUCAGUGACCUGAGAGAUGACGCCAGUUCAAACGGAUCAGCGGGGUUCCUUUGGACGGCUGAGGAUCAAGACGAUUGGGAGUCAUGGUCGUCUGAUGCCAGCGUAAAAUCCUUUGAUGUCCCUUUGCCGCUGGGCGGCUUCGUUGGCGUCACUGGCAUGCGUGGCGCGCGCAAAAAGAAAAACGGACAAUGUGCAGACAAAGAAUUGCAAACAGAAAAUGAAACAGUUCACGAAGAAACUCAAACGGAAUUUUUCACUGCUGACGAGGUGAUUCAAACGGAAAAUGAAACCUUGCACCAAGAUGUGCAAACAGAAGGCGAAAUCGUCCAAUGUUGCCAAUGUGGCGUUUACUCAUUUCUUCCUCUUGGCGAACAGUUUGUGAUUCGUCUGAAGGAAGAAAUGAGUCAGAGGUUGAGUCUAGAGAACCUGAUUCGAAUUGUGGAGAAAGAUGCCUGGAAUGUGCGACAAGAACUGAUGGACGAGCGGGAAGGCGUUGUCAGCCUGCAGGCCGAGGCAGCGGAUCUCAAGGGAAAGGUAUCUCACGCCGAACAUGUGAGUGCCGAACUGAAGAGUAGAAACGACGAGUUGGAAACAAGUUUGGAAGGCGCAAGGAACAUGAUUAAUAGAUUGGAACAGCAGAUGUCAAACACUUCGUAUUUUAACAGCGGUAUAGAUUAUAUGCUAGAGGCAAAGCUGUCACAAGGCCGUGCCGUGGAAGCGUUGGCGAAAGUAAAAGUGCUACAGAACGAACUACUCCAUUCCCAGUCAGAAGUCAACAAAUUGCUAGAACAUAUCAGCGCCCUGACCAAAGAAAAGAAUGAAAUGGUCUCUAACUCCGUCCAUCAAGAGCUACAGCAGAUAGCGGAUGAAAGAGUCAAGGACGCUGAACUCAGAGCUUUGCAGUUGGAAAAUGAGGUGUUUGCACUGAAGGAAGAAAACAAACAACUUAAGUCUUUGUCCUCAUCGACUGAAAAGACGGCUUCUCUGAUGUCCUCUACAACGCCAUACAAGUUCAUGUUUAAUGAACAAAUGGACCCUUAUAAAGAGAUUCUGGCACUCAGAGAGGAAAUGCUUCAUCUGAAAACCAAAUCCUUGGCGUAUUCUUCUUAUCCUGCCUUAGAUUUUACGUACGGAUCUGCAUAUCAAGCGGGUGGAGACUAUACAUUGAACUCUCCAGCUGAUCCAGUACUCCCGGAAGUGGGCUCAGUUGGGACUCCUGACACUGUUCAAUGGGAGAGAGCUGCUUACUUGUCACCAGAAAAGUUCACAGGAGGACCACUCAUCGCGACGGGUUCAGAUUCAGGGGACAGUGAUUGGAGUGAUGAAGACGAAGACAGCGUGAUGUCAACUGACGUCAUAAGAAACCAAUCGGACAUGACGUCUACCCUUUUUCACACUUCCGCAGAAGGUGAUUUGUAUUCUGGACUGACAACCCACGCAGGAGAUCGGUUAAAACCAAGCCUUCCUCCGAAACCACGGGUUCCACCCAAACCGAAACCUAUCGCAACCAGUGAUAGAGAGUCUAUAAGUCACGGCGUGUCUACAGGAAUGGCGUUCUUAAUGCUGUCGGAGCCGGAAGAAGGCAUUUCUUUUGAAGAGUCUCCGGUUGCCCCUCAGCUUGGAGUGAUCAAGAACCACGUGGUCCUUCAGGCCGUCAACGGCCGGCCAAGUAUAGCUCUGUCUACUAAUCAGUACACCAAUAGAUCAACAAUCUUUGCUGUGGACUUAUUGUGUUCCUAUUGAAACUUUUAACGAUUGAAAUGAUCAAAUGACCCAUUGAAGACGACUGAAGUCCGUGGGUUCCGGUAUAUUUUAGAUUAUGGAUCAUGCAUGGUGUGGAAACAAGAAUGUAUAUCUUCUUAAUAACAACAGCGUGGUGUUCAUAUCAUUUCUGUAAUUCUGUUGGAAAGCAGUAUUGGUCGAGCACAUUAAGUUUACGUCUAUAUACAACAGUGUUGUUUAUUUUUGUGUAAAAGUGCUGAGCAGGCAGUAUUCCCCUCCAUUUGUAUUGUUAUUUCAUUAGAUUAUAGAGAUACUUGAUAAGUUGUAUGUGCAAAACACAAGUAAAAAAUUAACUCGUAAUAUCUCGUAUACAUUCGUUACACUGUGUAUUUAUUCCACGCAAAUUUGGCAGACCAUUGUUGUUAAAAGGUAAUGGCAGUAUUGUGUAUGCGAAUAAACAAAUGUGUUUAUUCGCAUGUUUUUUUUCUGUGAUAAACAAAUA